UCACAAUUUUUUCAACGUUUCCAAUGAUUUUGUCGACAAAGCGCCGCUCCAAUUUUCGUCUGCUACAAUGGUCGGAUAUAAAUAAACAGAUUUAUCGGUCAGAUUGUAGAACAGAGGACAAUAUAAGAAGGUAACACAGCGUUAAAGUAAGCCAACGAAUGAGUGAGUGAACGGCUGAAAACGCAACAAUAGAACGCAAUACUCUUAAGGGUGCUCAGGAACAUCAACGAGUCGUUCUGAGGGUCAAGUAGAGGCGGGCAGCGUCUAAGUAGUGUCAUGGGGAGUGGCGCUGAGGUGAGUUUUUUGCCGUGCUGAGCAACGAAGUUUUUCGUUAAUCGUGGUCGAGUGAACGGAAAGCAGUAUGGAAUGGUUUUUGUGACAGUUGUGAUAGUAAAUACGUGCAGUGACAUGACGUAGUGGUGGUUAAGAGUGACAAGAUUGAAGAAAUCAGAUAGUAAAACCUACACGAAAAAAAUGGACUCGGACUCUGACCGGCUAUCACGACGGGGUCAAAAACGCAUCGUCGAGGUAAAGCUCAAGGCCCGACCAGAGUUAGCCGCGCGAAAUGGGGAGACAGAAGAUUUAUGGGAAAAAUUGGGAUACGCGCGUAAAUCUGAACUGGUUGAUCCGAAAUCAGUAAAAGACAACGUGUCACGUAUUCACGUUAAACACUAUACACCUGAUAGAUUUAUCGAAGAGUAUGAAAAGCCCUACAAGCCUGUCGUGAUCCAGGGAUGCACAGACGACUGGAAGGCUUCAUACAAAUGGACUGAGCAACGCGUGGAUCGGAAAUAUCGAAAUCAGAAGUUUAAAUGCGGGGAAGACAACGAUGGCUACAGCGUCAAGAUGAAGAUGAAGUAUUUCGUACACUACAUGAAUAACAAUGCCGAUGACAGUCCACUGUACAUAUUCGACGGCAAUUUUGGUGAGCACCCACGCAAGAAAAAGCUUCUCGAAGACUACGAAGUCCCUAUCUACUUUCGAGAUGAUUUAUUCCAGUAUGCCUCGGAAAAGAGUCGGCCACCUUUUCGUUGGUUUGUUAUGGGUUCGGCACGUUCAGGAACGGGUAUUCACAUUGACCCGUUGGGCACCUCAGCGUGGAACUCACUUAUUGUUGGUCAUAAACGUUGGUGCCUUUUCCCAACUGACACACCUCGCGAGCUGAUCAAGCUUCGACCCGGGGAAGGCGGCAAACAGAACGACGAAGCUGUAGCUUGGUUCGAUAUCAUCUAUCCGAAGACACAGUCAAGCGAAUGGCCCGAACAAUUCCGGCCGCUAGAGAUUCUUCAGGGUCCUGGCGAGACAGUGUUUGUUCCGGGAGGAUGGUGGCAUGUCGUGCUCAAUAUUGACACCACGAUUGCGGUAACGCAAAACUUCUGCUCGGUCACAAACUUUCCAAUUGUUUGGCACAAAACUGUGCGAGGUCGACCGAAGCUUAGCAAGAAAUGGCUAGCUGAGUUGCGGAUCAGGAAGCCGGAGCUCGCUGCAAUAGCGGACCAGAUAAACGUGAACGAGGACUGCGGAGUCGCUUCGGAUUCAUCGGGAGGCGAUAGUUCGUCGAGUAGUUCGGAUGAUGAUAGCUGCUGCAGCAGCUGUGAAUCUGAUUCGGGCAAAGAAUCGCUGGCAGAAAAGAAAAAGAAGAAGCGAAGACGAAGCUGUGACGAAUGCGCUGAUGAGGGUGCGCAGGCUGGGACCGGCGAUAAGCACGUCCUAAGCAGCGACAGCAACGAACGAAAAAUAAUGCGGACAGGAAACCCUGAUGAGGCUGAUAAUGAUGUUACGUAUAGACAACAGCCUGUCACAGCAGCGAACGUGUGAGCAAACCGGAAUGAGCAUGAAUACGCGACGAGACUACGUGACUACUGAUAACAGCAGUAGAAAAAGCAGAAGCGGCAACGUCUCGUGGGCGCUAAAAAGAAAGCAUUGAUCUCGAUUUUGAUUAAUUGAGUGAGGUGCGUACGAGAUCUUUUUCGUAUAGGGCUGAUAAUUAUUUGUGACGAACGACCUUCGAUGACGAUCAUUAUGAUGAUAACGAAAGAUGUUGAAUUGAAACGAUGUUGCAAUUAACUCAUAUUAAGGUAUAUAUAUAUAUAUAUAUAUAUAUAUAUAUAUAUUAUAUAAGCAAGUGGAUAUAUAUAUAUAUAUAUUAUAUAAGCAAGUGGAGAGAGAGAGUUAUAUAGAAAAGAUUAAUGUAGCAUUAGGAUGAUGAUGACGACAACCUUUGAAUAUAGAGUAUAAAUAUAGGUUUGAAUGAAUCUAGUAGAAUUAAGGAAGACGCCGUCGUCUUGCAUCUGUUGUAUACAACUAGAACGUACCAUGCUGCACCGUUUCUUUUGAAACGAUGUUGUUUAGAAAUCUAGUCCAGCUGGCGGUAAGAAAAUACCACGACAUCGGGGAAGACUAAAUAGGCUGGACAAAUGAUGUUUGCCCGUGUUCAAAUUAGCCCCAUUUAGGAUGUAUAUGGGAAGAGAGAGAAAGAAACUUUUGUCACACAAUACAUCUAUAAACGAAACACACAAACAAUAAGACGUUAACGGGUAACAAAUAAGUGCAUUCAUGCAUUCAUAAUAUGGAAAGCACAUAAGCAGAAAUGAGUUUAGGUUCGUUAAUAUUAAUCACACGUCUUGUUGAUUAACAACAGUGAGCUAUGCCGGUGAAGCAGCAGCAUCAAACAAGACAAACCAACGUCCAAAAAAUCGAAAUGAAUUACAUAAACUGAAGAAAGAACUCCCGGUAUUACAAUCAUUGUAUAGAAAAAAAUAUGCAGUUAUGAAUUAUUGAAAUGACGUAUCGGGUAACAGUAUGAUGUAUUUAUGGUGAAAACACAAGAAAAAAAAUAAAGGACAGAGCCACUCACAAUUGUUACUUGCAGUGAGGAUGAUGGCUGUAAAGGGACACAGUUAGAUUUGUAGGUGAAGCUUGAGAAACUUCUAUUUUCAUCAAGGCUAGAGCAAAAGAAAGGAAGCAGGAGACAGAGAUCAGGCAAAGAAAUGCCGUGACUAAAAUGCUGUGAUUUCAUCUCUUAUCAAGAAACCACACGAACCAUAACUAUUUAUUAUAAUAAUUAUUAGUAAUUGCUAUCAACCUAAUAAAAAGUAAAUGAACUUAUAUAAAUAAACCAAUAAAAUGUAAAUGUCUAAUUACGGCUAUUUUUUGGCGGCUAUUUUUUGGCAGAACUUAUUGCUAACAAGCAUAACGGAUAACCAGAGUAGCCAUAGAGAAACGAGGCUGAAUUUCCUUAGAAAUCCUUAGAAAGUUUUGCUGUUUUGUUUCCUCUAGAUUAAUAAGCUUCAUAUGUUGUAUGAAUUCUAGAACAUUUGAGAAUAUUUUAAGCUCUAGAAUCUUAGAACUGCUGGUGUCUGUCGCUGAAUCUUUGUGAAAUCCACACACGCGACUAG